UCAUCUUUUUCCCGCAGUUCGUUUUUGUCCGGUCCGCGGAGCGCUUUGUGCAGCGACGUGCGUUCUCUGAAGAAUCAAUUAUUGUGUACACAAAUUCAUUAUUUGCUUUAUUUUAAGUACAAUUUCGCCGCUUACUUUCGCUGCACACGUUGUUUUUAUUAUUUUAUAGCGUAGCAAGUGAUUUCGGCCGCUCUAAGUCGUUCCAUUCGUGUCUUUUUAUUGAGAAUCGAUUCGGGUGUUUUGGUUAUGUGACUGUGUUUCGUUAGAAGCCUUGUUUUGUAAACACGGACUCGUUCGUUGAAGCCGUCUAGUAAUUUCCAUUAAUAAAUCUCUUCUGUAUCAUUUAAUCAGUGUGAAUCAGUGAAGUUAACUCCAUAGAAAUCUGCAUUCAAUCUCUGUCUAUCAUGAGCUGCUCGCUCUAACCCUGUGGAUUCAGCGACUAACCUAUCCGUAAAAUGUAACAAUCAUGUUCACUCGCAAGUCAAAAGGGACGCAGUAAUGGAUUGGGCAAUUUGGCCCCUCCUGCUCCUUAGUAUUCUAGCAUUUGAGAUCUGCAAGGGCUGCGAACUGGAGCUGCAGACCUGCACGAAUGCCUACGAGGCGACGAUGCUGGAGAAGAACGUCGGGGGCCCGGAGUCGAGCCAGGCCUACUGCGAAGUCCUGCGGAGCUACAUCCAGUGCACCCGGAAGCUGAGCAAGGCCUGCUACACCGACAUCACCUGGCGCUCCUACAAACCGAUCCAGGACCGACUCCACAAGACCCACUGCUCGGGGAAGAGCAACGGCACGCACCCCCGCCCCAAGGGACCCGGCCGGACGACGACCCCCGAACCCGCGGCCACGCGGCCUCCCAUCCCGUGCACCUACCACGGCAAGUCCCGCUUCCACUACUGCGGCCUCUUCGGCGACCCUCACCUGCGGACCUUCCACGACGAGUACCAGACGUGUCAGAUCGGGGGAGCCUGGCCGCUUAUAGACAACCCCUAUUUCGCUGUUCAAGUCACCAAUGAGAGGUUGCAGCCGCGCGUCCCGGCUACCGCGCCUACUAAGAUCACCAUCAUAAUCCGCGGCAGCAGCAGCCCCUGCACGACGGAGAAGACCUACGAGGCCCAGUCGGAGAGCGCCGGCCUCCCCGCGACCUUCACCGACGACACCUCCAGCUCCGGCCCCGACGGCAGCGUCGUGCUCACCGCCUCCGAGGUGCGCCCCGACCACCAGCGCGUCGAGAUCUACCUCCGCUACAUCGAGACGACCCUCGUCGUCCGCAAGGUCGGCCGCUACCUCGCCUUCUCCGCCAAGGUCCCCCGCGAGAUCACCCGGAUCUCCGAGUCGAACGAGCUCUGCUCCCGCGGCUGCCCCGCCGGCGAGCGGCUCAACAUCGUCACCGACCGCGGGCACCUCGUCAGCCGCGAGGAGGCCCUCGAGCGCUGCCGGGCCGCCUCCAACGAGCUCCAGACCCGGCUCACGGACAGCUACCUCGACUGGUGCGUCUUCGACGUCAUGACGGCCGGCGAGGCCGCUGGUGAUUUCGUCAUCGCCGCGCACUCCGCCCAGGAGGACGUGCUAAGGUUCGACCCGGCGUCCCUCCGGAAUAGGACCUCCCUCUUGGAGAACGAUAUCUCUUUCUCGAGUGCGUCGCCGCUGUGGAGGAUACACCUCGCCGCUGGAGCCUUGGUUCUUGCUGUCCUCUGCCUCGUGUAGAGGGGGGUAGGGCCCCGCUUGUCUGUGAUCGUUGUAGUCUAGGUCUGCCGUGCUAAGGAAGAACGCCGUGUAUUGCCUCUUCGAAACCGUCGGCGGAUCCAGCAAAUUGGCAGCAUUG